AUUCUCAUCUCCCACUCAAUUCGAUAUCAGUAAGCAUGCAGAGUAGAAGUGUUUGUGCUCUUCUUUUCCUUUGCAUUUUGCUCCUAAUUUCCUUUCUUCAAAAUUUGGCCUCAGCCCAAAUUGAGAAUGAUUUCCAGUCCAGUACUGUGCAGCAGCAUAAGAAACACAGGCAUUCAGGGUUCUCCCAGGCAGAGUGCCCAGAUGCAUGCACAUAUAGAUGCUCAAAGACAGCAUACAAGAAGCCAUGCAUGUUCUUCUGCCAAAAGUGUUGCUUCAAGUGCAGAUGCGUGCCUCCAGGAACCUAUGGCCAUAAACAAGUCUGCCCUUGUUACAAUAAUUGGAAGACCAAGAGAGGUGGCCCUAAAUGUCCCUAGGGAUAGCUAACCCCUUAACCUUAACCUACCUACCUAUUUUUAACUAAUUACAAUUUACCACCGCCCUUUCUUUUCUGCUCGAUCGCUAUAAUAUUAUUCUAUCUUUAAUUUUAUCAGCAAAAGUUUGUGACUAUAACGUAUUCUAAGUUAAGAACUGCAUAUAUGUCUAUUUAAUUAUCGUUCUAUUAUUUGAAUGUACCUGAAAAUAGAUUUGGAAUUCCAUUGGUGAAAUUAUAUA